GGAGCUCUGAAACCAGGUACAGCCUCCUACCACUACCACCACCACCAUACCUGGGAUCGAUCGUGACCCCGUAUUCUCCUGCAGCCAAACCAACUUCCUGUGUGCUCAAAACAUCUGCCCAUCUCCGGUCUGUUGUUCAUCGUCAAUUUGAUCGCAGUGAUUCAAGAUGGGAGGCCGAGAAACCUCAGAUUCAUCUCCUUCGACCUACCCGAAGCUCGUGGAGCGGCCGGUCGGUAAGCAGAUUCACAACAUUUACCUGGACCGGCUGCGACAGUUCACCAAUACUGGCCAAUAUGAGAAGCAAGGGCUCAUGGGGAAGAUGUACGAAGGUAGGGUUCAGGGAGAACCCUUUGUGAAACUCAGCGUAUACUCGCCUCCCAACCUAUCGCGCCCGACGUUUGAGGAUGCAACAAGCCAUGAGUUCGCCGAGGCGCACGUCGGACAGUCAUUUGGCCCUAGCUGGAGUACACAUUGGUUCAAGAUCGACCUCACCAUUCCUGACAGCCUCGUCAAAAAAGAACACCUCGAGUUCCACUGGGACACGGGUGCCGAGGGCUUGAUCUGGACGGAAAAUGGAGAAGUCGUGCAUGCCCUUACAGGAGGAGGUGAGCGCACCGAAUGGAUCCUUCCGGAUGCUUGGAGAGAUGGAAAAAGCCAUACUUUCUACAUCGAGAUGGCGUGUAAUCACAUGUUUGGCAAUGCGAAUGGGGACACGAUCCAGCCGCCCCCGCCAGAUCGAUACUAUCAGCUUCACACUGCAGACAUUGUAGCUGUCAACUUGGACGCGAGACAACUAUACAUCGACUUCUGGAUCAUUGGAGAUGCGGCAAGGGAAUUUCCAAGCGACAGCUGGGAGAGCCACAAGGCGCUGCAGGUGUGCAAUGAGAUCAUGGAUACUUUCAUUGCGGGCAAUGGAAGUAAGGAGAGCAUCAAGAAGGCGCGUGAGGUUGCUAGGCAGUACACCGGAGAUGUGGACUCGGAAAAGGUGUACCAAUCCGGGAAGCCGGCAAUCGUGCAGGCUAUCGGGCAUUGUCACAUUGACACUUGCUGGCUUUGGCCUUGGGCUGAAACGAAGCGGAAGGUCGCAAGAUCAUGGUCAAAUCAAUGCGACUUGAUGGACAGAUAUCCCGAGCUGAGGUUCACAUGCUCGCAAGCACAGCAGUACAAGUGGCUUGAGAUGUACUACCCCUCGCUGUUUGACCGUGUCAAGGAAAAGGUCAAAAAGGGUACAUUUAUCCCCAUUGGCGGCAGCUGGGUGGAGCAUGACACCAACCUCCCAAGCGGUGAAUCGCUGGUCAGGCAAUUCCUUUACGGCCAGCGUUUCUUCGAAUCCCAUUUUGGGGCAAGAUGCACGACGUUCUGGUUGCCUGACACGUUUGGUUACUCGGGUCAGCUACCGCAACUGUGUCGUCUUGCGGGUAUGACACGCUUCUUUACACAGAAACUGAGCUGGAACAAUAUCAAUAACUUCCCGCAUACGACGUUCAACUGGGUAAGUUUGGACGGAAGCCAAGUCCUUUGCCAUAUGGCUCCUAGCGAAACAUACACCGCUGAAGCCCACUUCGGCGACGUGAAGCGGAGCGUAACGCAGCACAAGAGCUUGGAUCAGGAUGAGACGUCGUUACUUGUGUUUGGUAAAGGGGAUGGCGGCGGUGGACCGACAUGGCAGCAUAUCGAAAAGCUUCGUCGCUGCCGUGGUAUCUCUGACAAGAUCGGUCUUCUUCCUCGCGUUCAUAUGGGAAACUCAGUUGAUGACUUUUUCGCCGAACUAGAGAGGAAGGCAGCAAGCGGUACUGAGUUCGUAACAUGGUACGGUGAACUGUACUUCGAACUACAUCGUGGGACAUAUACAACGCAGGCGAACAACAAGCGCAACAACCGUAACAGCGAAUUUAUGAUGAGGGACAUUGAGUUUCUCUGCACGCUGGCUAGUUUGAAGGGUGAGAUUGACGGCAAAAAGAGCAAAUACGAGUAUCCGAAAAAGGCGAUUGAUUUCAUGUGGGAGGGUAUUCUCUUGUGCCACUUCCAUGACUGCUUGCCUGGUAGUUCUAUUGAGAUGUGCUAUGAUGACUCAGAUGCGUUGUACGCCGAAAUUUUUAAGACUGGCGAGAAGGUCAUGCUGGAUGCUCUGCAUGAACUAGGGUUUGAUAACGAGUCAAAAGCCCUCAAUCCAGUCGUGCUCAAUACGCUGCCAUGGGACCGCACCGAAAUUGUGAAGCUUCCCGUCAAGACCGAGAAGCCUCAGUAUGCUAUUGCUUCGUCUUCAAGCACAGGUGUUGGUGUAGUAACCCCGCUUACUGCCGCAAGCGCAAAGCCCGCGUCGAUCCAAGAAAUUAAGAAGGGCGUUUUCAUGCUUUCUAACAGUCGUUUCAACGUCGAAGUCAGUAACGGAGUAAUAACAUCGCUGUAUGACAAAUCGGCAGAGCGCGAGGUUCUGGCCAAAGGAGGCAAAGGCGGCCAGCUUGUCAUUUUCGACGACAAACCUUUGUACUGGCAGGCUUGGGACGUUGAGGUCUUCCAUCUGAACUCGCGAAAAGAACUCACUGCGACAUCCUCACGUAUCCUGGAGCAAGGGCCCCACAAAGUCAGCGUCGAGACUGAGACCAAGAUUAGCGAAAAUUCCUGGAUCAAAACCAUUAUUUCACUCUCAGCAGUGCUAGACGAUUCCUUUGCGUGCGUCAAUUUUGAUGCCGAAGUUGAAUGGCGGGAGACUAUGAAAUUCCUUAAGGUCGAAUUUCCUGUUGACGUACGCAAUACGGAGGCCAGCUACGAAACCCAGUUUGGCAUCGUACGCCGCCCAACACACUACAACACGAGCUGGGACAUGGCCAAGUUCGAAGUCUGUUGUCACAAAUGGGCUGACCUGAGCGAGGCGGGCUACGGCGUGAGCAUUCUGAACGACAGCAAGUACGGGUUUGCCACUUGUGGAAACCUCAUGCGCUUGAGCUUGUUGAGGGCCCCUAAAGCACCUGACGCUCAUGCAGACAUGGGACGUCAUCACAUCAGAUACGCGAUCUUCCCGCACAUCGGUGGUCUGGAUCACAGGACUGUACGCGCGGGAUACGCUUUCAACAACCCAAUGAAGGUUCAUCACCACGCUUCCCCCUCAUCUGUUUCGUCGCUACUUUCCUCGUUUAAGAUCGAAGGCAAUCCCGCGAUCGUGCUUGACACGAUCAAGCGCGGUGAAAACGACGAAGAUGUCUGGUACGAUGGCACAUACAGUGGAAUUCCAAAGGCAAAGGGCAAGAGCGUCAUUAUCCGAGUUUAUGACAGUCUAGGCGGCAAAGCAAGGGGUACUUUGACUUGGGGCCACGUGCCGAUCACCAAAGUAGAAAAGGUCAAUUUGCUGGAGGAUCAAGGGGAGGAGCUUGCAAUGCUGAGCAGUGGGAAAGGUGUCGCCAUUGAACUUAGGGCGUUCGAGGUGGCAACGUACAAAUUGUUUUUGUAGGAUUAUGAGGAAUCCACGUAUGUACAUGAAGCCUGCGGCAUGAAUUGGUGGAUAAAUAUCUCCUUAUCUUUUUAAGCAUGUGCAAAUAAGCAAAGUCAAAGAUGAAAAAAAUGUGUUGGC